UCAAAGCCAGAAAUUCCAAUCUCAAAGCCAACCCACAACCACCAAAAUAAAACCCACAACAACCCAGGCCAAGAAAAUCAACCCACAGCCACAAACCCACUAAUCACUAUUUCCAAGUCCAAAGACGAAACCCCAAUAAUCUUACCAGAACCACUAGCUCCACUCGACGAUGUUCCCGACAACAACAAGGACUUCGUGAUCAAACCCCAGAGCUUCACUCCUUCCAUCGACACAUCACAGUGGCCGAUCCUCCUUAAAAACUACGACCGCCUCAACGUGCGAACCGGACACUACACUCCUCUUCCCUCCGGUUACUCUCCUCUCAAGCGCCCUCUCGAUCAGUAUAUCAAGUAUGGUGUUCUCAACCUUGAUAAACUCGCUAACCCUUCUUCUCAUGAAGUUGUUGCUUGGAUUAAACGUAUUCUCAAGGUUGAGAAAACCGGUCACAGUGAUACUUUGGAUCCCAAAGUCACUGGAAAUCUUAUUGUUUGUAUUGAUAGAGCUACUAGGCUUGUAAAAUCCCAGCAGGGUGCUGGGAAAGAGUAUGUUUGUGUUGCUAGAUUGCAUUCUGCCGUGCCUGAUGUGUCUAAGGUGGCCCGGGCGCUUGAGACGCUUACUGGGGCCAUGGGUUGA